GUUUUAGAGACGAUUCUUCGUACCACGGUAUGCUAACAUCAAGCUGAACAAGUGAAGUACUUCCUACUUUUCUUUACAAAAACGUGAUCCCGAAAAGCAAAUCACAAUCAAAAUGGCAUCCACGGCAGUGAACCCGCGGUCUUUUUCACGAUGGUUCGCGCACCAACCGUUGCUUCUCACACUGGUUGUUCUUCUGCUUUCUGGCGUCGACCUCGCGUUUUCCAAAGCUCCGGAGCAGAUCGACCCCAACAUUUACGCCCGGCUUUUCCAGAACAACCGCCCCACGUUUGACCACAUUGCUUCGAAGGUCCUCGCCGACCUCCCAGAAAGCCGCAACGGAGUAGCUACCGUGCUGGAUUUGGCGUCGGGCCCCGGGGAACCGAGCGUGACCCUGGCGGUGAUGGACAAGGACGCACCAAAGCUCGCGAAAAUCACCACCACUGAUUUCCAGUCGAUGAUGGUCGAAAAGGCCAAGUGGCGCGCGGAGAUCGAACACGUCGAGGACAAAUUGGCCUUCGCGACCACCUCGGCCGACGACCUCUCGCAGUUUGCCGACGGCAGUUUCGACGCGGUCACUAUGAGCUUCGGUCUGAUGUUCGUGCCCGACCGGCAGAAAAGCUUGCAGGAGAUCGCACGGGUGCUGCGCCCCGGCGGUCGGGCGUAUUUGUCGGUGUGGAAGGAACUGCCGUUUCAGACCUUCGCCCGCUACGUCUUAGAGCAAAUCGCCGGAGAGGAAAAGAAAGCCACGUUGCCGCCGUUUGCCAUCAAUCCGCUGGCUCUGCAAGCCGAGAACGCCGUGGAAUCGCUGGCGGAGAACGCAAAUCUAGUCGUGAAGGGCGACGAACGGCUCUCCUACGACUUCCACAUGGGAACCUACAAGGAAACGGCCGACGGGCUUCGGAUCCUGGCGGGCACACUGCUGAAAGAAAUCGAGGAGGAACAACCCGGCGCCCAGGCACGGUUCGACUCACUCGUGCAAGCGGAGAUGGAAGCCCGGGGGUGGACGGGCGGCGCGAUUCCCGAUAAUUCCCCACAGAUCUUGACGCUGCAGAAGCCGGCGCAGGGGGAGGCGUCCGACUUGUAAGUAAUGGUGACGAUCGUAUUUUUGCGGGACGAAGCAAACCAGAACGCCUUCUCGGUGUUUAAAACGACUUUGCACGGGAGCAGACGUUUGUGAUACGAGUGAGGCCAAAUCGAAGUCGCACCAGCCGUCCGUUCGAGUUUUUGAUGUGCGAAUUUAUUUCAAAUCCGAAAUUAAUGGUUUGCUCGAGUGGUUUCUUAUCCGAAUAGAUUUCGGAGGACUGCGAACGCGAAGAAAUACGGUUACGGUAUACAAAAAUACAAAUAUUAGUGAUUUUGAAGUGGAAGACGAAGAACGACAUUAAAGCGAAAUACAGCGUGCGCAUUUUUCCUGCAGAUAGUGUUUCGUUUAUGAGUGAAGUUCGUCAAUAUCGCGACUGCCGCCUACGAUCCAGGGGAGACAAUGC